AAAAGUUGGGCCUUAGAAAAAUGACACUACAUGCACGCGUCAACGUGUUCUCAGCUGUGCUCUAUUCCUCAUAAAGCUCACGAGUUUUUCCACGUAAAUCCCUGCUCGAGGUGGCAAUUGUGGCAAUUUCGGUAUUUCUCUAACAGCCAGAAUCCUUGUUCCCAGUUUGCUAGCUCUCUAAGACAUAUCAUGAAUGAAUGCGAAAACCCUUUGAUUGCUAAUGCUGCACAGAAUAAGCUUAAAAAUAUUAAUAAAGAAUCCCAACGGAAGCGUAAAGCUAAAGCUACUUCAAGAUCCUUGAAAGAAAAGUCGAAGCGUCAAAGACUCAAACAAAAAGUUCUUCUUGAAUCUCACCUCACAGCUCAAUUAGAGGCCACUAGCAAUGAAAAAUUGGCUCUAAAUCAAACACAUCUCCAGUUUAUCAAGCAAAAUGGUCCAAUUAUUUCUAACGAAACAUCAGAUGGUGUAAGUAAAGAACAAGAUACAUCCAAUGAAUCAGAUGAUGAAAGUGACGAUGGAUAUAAAACUCCAACUCCAAUAUCGCAAUAUUCUUCUGGAGAUUCAUUCACCGAAAACGAAAAGAUUAUCAUAACUAAUAUUCCUUCAAAUUUAUUACAAUUAGGAAGUUUAGAAUCUGAUUUGUGUAUAAAUAAUGUUAAUAUAUCGGCAAAAUUUAGAGCUUAUAUUAAUGAAGCCAUUUCACACGCUAAUACUGAUGGGCUAUAUGUUGAAUCAAAUACGCACGAGAUUUUAUCAUUAUCAUCAAUACUUGUCUUGAUACCAAAUUCUUAUUCUACAAAAAUGGUAGAAAUAUUUGGUUUGCAAGUACUUGCAUCAAUUCAUCAUGAAUAUACGCCGACAUUAUCUAUAUCAUUGGAUACAGAAAUUGAGUGCAUAUAUAGGAAUGUUAUUAAAACAUGUUUGAAAGUUUCACGUAGCAAUGCAAUUGAUCUUUUAUGUACAAAUCUUGCAAAUAGAAAUGAAUUGAGGAAUAAUUUUGGGUUUUUAAUGCUGGAUUUGAUAAGAACUCUACCAAUCGAUAAAAUCAGGAAUGAACCAAGUGAAUUAACAUUAAUCACCAAUUAUUUAGACAGAAUCAUGAAAGAUGCUUUUCAUAACCCGGAUAAAUAUAUAGCUCAAUGGCCAAAUACGGCCCUAACGGAAAGUAGAAUAAGAAAACUUGACGGAUCAAGAACGAAACAGCCAGAUUUUGUAGUAACGAUGAAAUAUCAGUCUCAGACGACAAAUAUUAUUUAUGUCGGUGAAGUGUCUGGUCCAUCCGAGAAAAACAGCGUAUAUAAAAACUGUCUUGAUUUAAUCAGGAUAGGUGUGUUUAUGAAAGAUUGCAUCGACUCAGCAAUUUCGAGAGGAGCCGAGAUAAAAAUAUUAGGAUUUCAAUGUAUCGCAUACAAAGUGGAUUUCUAUAUUCUUGAUUUAAUAAGUGAAGGAUUAUAUACGAUGAAUCAUAUAGCUCAAAUUUCGAUACCCGAGACAAUAAAGGAUCUAUAUAUUUUUAUAGAAGAGUUACACGUUCUAUUAAAUAUACGAAAUAUUUUAUUGGAAUCUUAUGAUAUCUUUAUUGAUAAACUUGAGAAUCCGGGGUCAGCUCAGUUAGAAUUAAAAUCAUCAUUCAAAAAGAAUACAUUGGAUACUCCUGAAUUUAAUAGGCUUGUUAGUAAAACUCGUUGUGUAAAAAGGGAAUGCCCGUUUUGGUUUGGAAGAUAUUAAUAUUGGAUAGUUUUACAUUCGGCCUUAGGCAUUACCAUGAGGUCUUCAGGCGGGUGGAGAUAAUUGGCUCAAUCAUUAGUAAAAUUCACGAUACUUCAGUCUUGAAUACAGAAGUUGUAUGAGAAAGUAUGAGGAAGUAUGAGUUCAACUAAAUUUCGUUAAGCAUCACAUUAUAUUAGUAAUAAUUUUCUUUUCAGGUAAUUAACAAAAUUUUGUUAUGAAUUGGAUAACUACGCCACAUGUAAUAAUUAGAAUCACGUCAUCUUUGAACUUUUUGUAAGAACUUUAUUAUUCAUUUUACAAUUAUUAAAUAAAUUUAAUUUUAGAUUUGUUUUAAA